UUAGGGGGACUGGAGGUGCCGGACCACCCAGCCAUGAGGGAGGACGAGCGGCCCGACAUCCAUAACCGCUCCGAGGUGGGGACCGCCGCCUCGCCCCGGGGAGCGGAGGAGACCGGGAGGCCGCCCUCUAACACCUGCCCUGUCGUCAUGGUGACGCCCGGGGUCACGCGCAGGAGACCUCCGGCCGAACAGGCGGCGGCGGCGGCCGGCGAGGCCGCCCUGACCGCGGAAGAAGAGGAAGGCGACGAAGACGAGGACGGAAAGAUGGACCAGACCCCUGGGGCCGACCUCCAGGGCCAGGGGCCUCGGCGCCCCAAGAGACCCAAGAGGAGCCCCCUACAGCGGUCCCCUUCCUCGGGAUCCUCCCUCUCGCCGGGGCCCGGCGGCGGAGAGGAGCCCUUCGCCCAGCGGGAGAUCGCCAACGUGCGGGAGCGGCAGCGCACCCAGUCGCUGAACGACGCCUUCGCCUCGCUGCGGCAGAUCAUCCCCACGCUGCCCUCGGACAAGCUGAGCAAGAUCCAGAUCCUGAAGCUGGCGUCGCGCUACAUCGACUUCCUGUACCAGGUGCUGCAGAACGACGACGCCGACGGCAAGCCGGCCGGCUGCAACUACCUGGCGCACGAGAGGCUGAGCUACGCCUUCUCCAUCUGGAGGAUGGAGGGCGCCUGGUCCAGCAUGUCUGCCAGUCACUAGCCAUGCCGUGCUAGUCACUAGCCAUGUCAUCCUAGUCACUAGCCACAACGUGCUAGUCACUAGCCAUUUCGUGCUAGUCACUAGCUAUGUUGUGCUAGUCAUUAGCCAUGUCAUGCUAGUCACCAGCCGUGCUAUGCUUGUCACUAGCAAUGCUGUGCUGGUCUCUAGCCAUCAUGCUAGUCUCUAGCCAUCAUGCUAGUCACUAACCAUGUCAUGCUAGUCUCUAGCCAUGCUAUGCUAGUAACUGGCCGUACCAUGCUAGUCACUAGCCAUGUCAUGCUAGUCAUUAGCCAUGUCAUGCUAGUCACUAGCCAUGCUAUACUAGUCACUAGCUAUGCUAUGCUAGUAACUAGCAAUGUCAUGCUAGUCACUAGCUAUGUUAUGCUAGUCUCUAACAAUGUCAUGCUAGUCUCUAGCCAUGUCAUGCUAGUCUCUAGCCAUGUCGUGCUAGCGCUAGCUAUGUCAUGCUAGUCACUAGCCAUGUCAUGUUAGUAGCUAGCCAUUCCGUGCUAGUAGCUAGCAAUGUCAUGUUAGUCACUAGCCAUACUAUGCUAUUCUCUAGCCAUGUCUUGCUAGUCACUAGCCAUGUGAUGCUAGUCACUAGCCAUGUGAUGCUAGUCACUAGCCAUGCCAUGCUAGUCACUAGCCAUGCCAUGCUAGUUACUAACCAUGCUAUGCUAGUCACUAGCCAUGUCAUGCUAGUCACUAGCCAUGCUAUGCUAGUCAUUAGCCAUGCUAUGCUAGUCACUGGCCACACACCACUAUGGAAACUGGAGGACAACAAGCAAACUUGAAGCUGGACGUUGGUUUGUGAACAGGCCACUAUCGCUGCACCCUUCCUACAUGAACCCUUGUCACUGAUCAGACUAUCUUUGUGCAGCAUUUGGGGAAAAUAAUGUCCGGCAAGAGACUUAAAACAGGUUUAAGUCCGGACGAAGGAUUGACUUCCAGGACACAGCACAAAGAGCAGAGGGACCUUUUGAAUGGACCGAUACACUGAAGGAUAUACUCAGCGUCGUGUUGUUCCUGCUAAAUGUUGGACUGUAACAAACGGAAUACGUUUAUACGGGACUCAAUAGUUACUUGACCCCUGACUUCCUUUGGUCCUGACCUCUGACCCUAUGAUCACUAGCCCUCGCCGUCCUCAUCUCAAUGUAUUUAAAUGUGUUUGUGUAUGUAUAUAUACGUUAUUCUCUGUGGAUGUAUCGUCAGCCCGCCGCUGUUAACGGGUGUUCCCGUCAGGCCGAGUGGAAACAUUGAAGGGACGAGGAGGGAGGUGAGCCCGGGUUUAAUGAGAGGAGAGCCUCUGGAUCCACUAGAACCUUCAGCCAACACCUUUCCCCCAGAGACGUGAAAACCGAUCCUCCAGCGACUCUCAACUCUGAACCCAAAAUGGCGGUGGUGAAUAAUAAUAACCACGGGCGGCAGCAGCGGCAGUAGCACUGACUGAUGUCCCCUCCUUUCCUUCACUCCUCCUCUUCCCCUCUCCUCCUCCCCUCUCCUCCCUCCUCUCCUCCUCCCUCUCCUCCCCUCCUCUUCUCCUCUCCU